GGAGAGGGCAUCGAUCGACCGCUCGGCUCUCUGCUGCUUCCGCCUGCCUGCCGGUGGGCUGGGACUGUGACGUGUAGGCUUCUGGAGCUCUCAGCAGUUCCGACUCGGGCAAGAGCAGGCAAGAAACAGGAUGUCGGAAGGGGACAGCAUCGGAGAGUCAGUUCAUGGCAAGCCCUCUGUUGUGUUUCGGUUCUUUUCAAGACUCGGACAGGUUUAUCAGUCCUGGCUAGACAAAUCUACCCCUUAUACAUCUGUGCGAUGGGUGAUGACUCUUGGGCUAAGUUUACUAUAUAUGAUAAGGGUGUAUAUACUACAGGGUUGGUACAUAGUGACGUAUGCCUUGGGUAUAUACCAUCUAAAUCUCUUCAUAGCAUUCUUAUCUCCGAAGGUAGAUCCAUCCUUAAUGGAAGACUCAGAUGAGGGGCCAUCAUUACCCACUAAGCAAAAUGAAGAAUUUCGCCCUUUUAUUAGAAGAUUACCGGAGUUUAAAUUUUGGCACUCUGCUACUAAAGGUAUCGUCGUUGCCAUGGGAUGCACUUUCUUUGAAGCUUUCAACGUGCCCGUAUUUUGGCCCAUUCUUGUCAUGUAUUUUAUUAUGCUUUUCUGUAUCACCAUGAAGAGACAAAUCAAGCACAUGAUUAAAUACAGAUAUAUUCCAUUCACACACGGCAAAAGGAAGUACAAAGGCAAAGAAGAAACCGGGAAGCCCUUCUCCAGUUAAAAGAAACUUAUUGCCCUUUUUGACUUUCUUAUGUAAAAAAUUAAACCAACAAAAAAAAAGAAAAAAAGAUUGUUUUUGAGCCAUUGUAACAAUGCCUUUUGUCAACACAGGUACAGGUGAUUUUAAAAAAAACUGGUAGUGCUUUAUUCCUUUGUGUUUUUUUUUUUCUUUAUUUAAAAAAAAAAAAAAAUAUUUUCUUAUCAUACGUUUUCUCUGUAGGGAGAUCUAAGCAGUCCUCUACGAACAACAUAAAUAGGACUGCUCAUCGAAUUGACGUUUGAGUUUAUUUGCACAUUAAAAUUGGGCAGCUGAGUUCGUACAGGUUUCUGAUGCUAAUUCUGCUUCAUUUACAUGUCAGAAUCUAGCAAACACAGAAUACAGAUUUAAAACACUCGCCUUUUCUCCUGUUUCAUAAUAAGUUUUUUGCGUUGCAUACAUUUUGAUUGAAGCAGCCCCCAAAUCAUAAAAACUGUUCCUCGGUGACUUAAUAUUAACCCCCAUUGUGCUUUCUAAAGUUUGCAAAGAGGAAGGGUGACCUUUUAAACUAAUAAAACACUGUGUAUGUUAAGUUUCAUUUCCUAAAUGACAAUUUGUGAUUAAGUGACAACCAACUUGCAAAAUGUAGGCUUGAUAUUUUUCCAUUAUCCAUUGCUUUGGCCUCAGUUUAGUAAACUGGUUGUCCAUUAAGCCCAACCUAUUGUUAUAAUGAAUAAAUCCUAUAAUGUAAUGCUGGUGUACAUUCUAGGAGACUAUGAAAUGUUCGAUGCAUGUUUUGGACACACAUUUUAAAGAAACUAUCUUCGGAUUUAGGCCAAGUCAAGUAAUAAUGUGCAUUCAGUCUGGUGCACACUAUUCACAUGCCAGUAAUCAGAUUGUUUAAAAUAAAUAUUAAAACAACAAACACUACCAACCUGAACUUUCAUUAAAAUUCUUAUUUAAAUGCCAUUGAAGCCAUAUUUUUUUUUUUUUAAUUUUUUGAAUGUCACUAAGGAUGUUUCCCCAUCACAUGAUUUAACUGCAUUAUCAAAUAUACAAUACAAUCACACAUAUAUAUUAAUAAAGGGACACUAUAGUCACCAAAACAACUUUAGCUUAAUGCAGCCGUUUUGGUGUAUAGAACAUGCCCCUGCAGUUCAAACCUCUGCCAUUUAGGAGUUAAAUAACUUUGUUUAUGAACCCUAGUCACACCUUCCUGCAUGUGACUUGCACAGCCUUCCAUAAACACUUCCUGUAAAGAGUCAUGUAAAGUGUAUCCUUCCUUUAUUGCAAGUUCUGUUUAAUUUAGAUUUUCUUAUCCCCUGCUGUGUUAAUAGCUUGCUAGACCCUGCAAGAGCCUCCUGUAUGUGAUUAAAGUUCAAUUUACAGAGCAAGAGAUAAAAUUGUUUAAGGUAAAUUACAUCUUAUUGAAAGUGAAACCAGUUUUUUUUUUUCAUGCAGGCUGUGUCUAUCAGACUCAGGGGAGGUGUGGCUAGGGCUGCAUAAACAGAAACAAAGUGAUUUAACUCCUAAAUGG